AUGGCAUCAACAAUGGAAGCAGCGGAUAUCAUUGUCGUUGCCAUGUACUUCGUUCUUGUCCUGUGCUUCGGCUUUUUUUCGAUGUGGAGGGCGAAUCGAGGUACCGUGAGUGGAUAUUUCCUAGCCGGUCGCUCCAUGAACUGGUUUGUGAUCGGUGCAUCACUGUUUGUGAGUAACAUCGGCAGUGAGCAUUUCAUCGGUCUCGCUGGGUCUGGCGCAGCUAGCGGCUUAGCCGUCGGAGCUUGGGAAUUUAAUGCAAUUCUCCUGCUACAGCUCCUGGGCUGGGUCUUCAUACCCGUCUACAUCCACUCUGGAGUCUACACAAUGCCAGAAUAUCUCUCGAAAAGAUUUGGCGGCAAUCGGUUGAAGAUCUACUUCGCAUCGCUCACUCUCCUCCUCUACAUUUUCACCAAGCUCUCAGUGGAUCUUUAUUCGGGAGCGCUUUUCAUCCAGGAGUCUCUAGGCUGGAAUCUUUACCUGUCUAUAAUCCUGCUGAUCACCUUGACUGCUCUUCUCACGGUCACUGGCGGUCUGGUGGCGGUCAUCUACACGGAUACUCUUCAGGCGUUCCUGAUGAUAUCAGGAGCACUGUGUCUGAUGGCUAUCAGCUUAGUUAAAGUCGGGGGUCUUGAGGGAUUGCGCACCAAAUACAUGAACGCUCUUCCCAACAUCACAUUUAUAACACUGGAGAAUAAUUUAACCUACUCAAAUUCCUGCCAUGUGAAUCCCAAAGCAGAUUCAUUUAAGCUUUUGAGGAGUCCAUUGGAUAAGGACUUGCCUUGGCCUGCUUUUCUUCUUGGUCAAACUCCGGCUUCCAUCUGGUAUUGGUGCGCCGAUCAGGUCAUAGUCCAAAGAGUCUUAGCAGCACGAAAUAUUGCCCACGCCAAAGGGUCAACCUUGCUAGCAGGAGUCCUAAAAGUCCUCCCGAUGUUCAUCAUCGUGAUUCCAGGAAUGAUUUCACGCGUGCUUUUUGCUGAUGAGCUUGCAUGCAUUGGUCCAGAGCAUUGCAUGCAAGUGUGCAACAGUAGAGCCGGUUGCACCAACACGGCGUAUCCUCGACUGGUCAUGAACAUCAUGCCUGUGGGUCUUCGAGGAUUGAUGAUGGCAGUGAUGUUGGCGGCUCUAAUGAGCGAUCUAGACUCAAUCUUUAACAGCGCCAGUACUAUCUUCACCCUUGAUAUUUAUAAGAUGAUCCGUCACCAGGCUUCCUCUAAGGAGCUCAUGGUUGUGGGUCGCCUCUUUGUGGUGCUUAUAGUAGCUAUAAGCAUUGCUUGGGUGCCGUUUGUCAUUGAGAUGCAAGGAGGUCAGAUGUUCCUGUACAUUCAGGAGGUGUCUGAUUACCUCACGCCUCCCAUCGCUGCACUAUUCCUGCUGGGAGUGCUCUGGAAGCGCUGCAAUGAGACCGGUGCAUUCUGGGGCGGCUUUGUAGGAUUGAUUUUAGGAAUUGUAAGACUGAUUCUGGCAUUCGUCUAUAGAGAGCCGGAUUGCGACUCAGUUGAUGACCGUCCGGCUUUCAUUAAGGAUGUUCAUUUCAUGUAUGUUGCUGCUGUUUUGUUUUGGGUUUCAGGAUUUGUGAUGGUGGUUGUCAGUCUUUGCACCAAUCCACCAAGUAAAGAACAGAUUUCCAAGACUACUUUGUGGGGACUGCGCAACAGGAAUCAACCUGCAGACACGAAAGCGAAAGGAGGGAAUGGCAAACUCGAGCAGACAUUGGAUGGAGUGGAAUUUCAACCAUUGCCUCCUGAAAUGCUUCCAAAUGGCCACUUGGAGGCUCCUCAUACCCACAGACAGGCCACUGAGCAUGCAGCCAGAAAUAAGGGACGCUGUGUGAAAUGUUUGGGGUGGUUUUGUGGUUAUAAUGAACAUUCAGAGGAAUCUGAUUCACCGUUUGAGGAUGAUGGCAGGAGUGUUCAUGAAAUGCUUAAAGAAUCUGCACAAAACAAAACUGCUCUUAACAUUGGGCUCCUGUUGGUGUGCGCACUAGGAAUCUUCUUAUAUGUUUAUUUUUCUUUGUAA